AAUUCUGAGGCUCCUAAACACGGAGUAAGAGAGGAAAGGAAUCCCUGAGUAAUGAGGGUUGUCCCAGAGAAACGGGUCUCUUGUGCCAUAACGCUGGAGCUGCUGAGCGGAUCGGUAACCGGAGGGGAGAGCCUUUCUUGUCCCCACGCCUGUAGUCUGAGCUGUCCCCUGGAAGUAGUACAGGCCAAUUGUGUCCGCUGGAAGAAAAAGUUCUUCUUUAUGUGUAAGAUCAGUGCCAGUGCCACAACAGGGAUUCUGGAUACCUGCACUUGCAGGGUGUCUGUAAGGAAGGAAUUAAAAGGAGGAAAGGCAUAUGCAAAGCUAGGAUUUGCAGAUCUAAAUCUAGCAGAGUUUGCUGGAUCGGGAAAUACCACUCGUCGCUGUUUACUGGAAGGUUAUGAUACCAAAAAUACAAGACAAGACAACUCCAUUCUCAAAGUUUUGAUCAACAUGCAGCUGAUGUCUGGAGACCCGUGCUUUAAAACGCCUCCUUCCACAGCAACAUCUAUAGCAAUUGCUGGAGAAUCAGAGUCUUUGCAUGAAGACAGGAAAGGUGGAGAAAACUUACAAGUAGCACAGCUGGGUAUAGCAGGAGUCUCAUCAAAGAGUGCCUCCGUCCCAGAUGAACUUGGUGCAUGUGGACAUUCCAGAACAUCAAGCUAUGCAAGUCAGCAAUCAAAACUGUCAGGCUACAGCACGUGUCACUCUAGAUCAUCCAGUCUGUCUGAACUCUGCCACAGGAGAAACACCUCAGUGGGGAGUACCUCAGUAGGAAGUACCUCAACAGGAACUGGAAGUAUUCUAGAGGCAUGUGAAGAGACUGAGCCAAAAGUAACUGAAGCUGAUACCGAUACAUCCACUGAAGAUGCACCACCAGAAAAACAGUGCAGACAUCCUGUAAAGCAAGACUCUGUGGAGUCACAGCUGAAGAGGGUUGAUGCUACCAGAGUUGAUGCUGAUGAUAUAGUUGAAAAAAUACUCCAGAGUCAAGACUUCAGUUUAGACUCAAGUGCAGAAGAAGAAGGUUUAAGAUUAUUUGUGGGCCCUGGUGGAAGCACUUCUUUUGGAAGCCACCAUCUACCUAACAGAGUAGGAUCUGGAGCAUAUGAGCAGGUGGUGAUAAAACGCUAAACUGGAAUGUCAAAUGAGGAAAACUUGGAGCUCUAGUAUUGAUACUUCUGGUAUUGUUGCUCUGUUGCAAGAGCUGAGAAAGACAAAAUGAACUCAAUGUGAUCUUUUUCUGAAAAGCAGUGGAAUGCUUCUUGCUCAUAGAGCAUCAUCAUCUGUGGUAUGAAGGCAAUGUUUAGCUAUGUGUACCUUGUGAGAGCACUUGGACCGUUUUUGUAAGUUCUGAUAUUAGUGGAAUUACCUAAUUUCUGUGAAACAUCUGUGGAAGCAUGUCCCCUUUCAAUAUUUUAUAUAAAGAGAUCACUUGUGGUGAUGGACUUUAUUGGUAAUGCUGUUUCUAAAGAAACUCCUGAAAGCUGGUCUUACAAGAACCUGAAAAAAAGCAAUUACUGAAUUUGAGCCUACAUGCCAUUUUAGUUUUACAGAAGCCAAUUACUCCUAUCAAGUUUUUAUCAGGUCAAAGUUAUGGCCUCCAAAAAACAGGCCAGCUAUGUUUUAGCAUAACCAAAACCUUCUCUUAAGAGUACUGAGCACAACUUCAUUGUAAGGUUCAACAGAAGAGGUGAACAUCACUUAGAUUUAAAACAAACCUCCAAACAAAAUAAAUCUCGACGCAAGAUCUAAACCAGCCACUAGUCAGUUGUGUUGACUGUAAAUUAAGGCUACAGGUUUAAAUGCAUCAAAUGUGACUUUUUUUUGGUCCAAGUGAUGAAAAAGUGGGAUUCCACACCAAAACACUAAGGCGCAGUAGUGGUUUAUCAAGAAAGCUGCCUUGAUUGUUAAAUCUGGAGUUCAGCAGCUGCUCCCACAAAAACUCACUUUGAUAAUGCAUGAACAUUGACAUGCAAUUAGAUGGUACUGUUUACAAACCUAGUCAGUAGUUUACUACCACUUAAUUUUUUAAAUUGUAGUUUAAUCUUUCACAGUCUGUGCUUUGCUUGCGUUUUAAAUGUGCCUUGCAGGAUUGGGGGUGUACAGGGAGAUGAAAACAUUUACGAAGGAAUUUAAGCUUUAAAACUAGGUAAACAUCUAUACUAUUAGUAAUAUAACUUGUUAAGAGAAGCACUUUAUUGUAGACAUACUCUGCACACUGAAAAGGUCUUAGUGUGCAACUUUGUUGAACACUUCUGUUUUUGCUAUCUGUCCACUGUUACAUUAGGUCCAUGUACUGUAUUUAAAUUUGCACAAGUAGUGAUUUGCCUGACAGGCAAGAAAGAGCUCUUUAAAUUUUCAUUGAGAAUAUGAAAGAAUAAAUUUUGAAAGGGAUGUGUUGGGUAACAAAUAAGUGUAAUUAAUUGUAAACUGAAAAUGACUUUUUUUUUUUUUUUUUUAAUUUAGUGAUACUGUUUAUCAGUUAAGGCCUGGAAUAAGUAACAGUAGUGUGGCCACUUUUGAAAGCUCAGAAUGCUUCAAAUUUUGCUCAGUGAUGUUUGACAUCUUUUUAAUUGAUGUAAAAGUAGGCCAUAUUUAAUAGGUUAAAUUAGGAAAAGCAGACUUUUUUCCCCCCAGAAAUCCAUAGUAUAAUUAUU